AUGUCUUUUGAUGAGGCUGCAAUUGAUUCAUACUUGUCGCGCGUAAUUUCUCUCUUUACUUACCGGUCAAGACCAAGCUCAGAUGAUAUCCAAGUUUAUUUCACUAACACUACAGGGGAUAUUGUCAUUUUGUGUUGGGUUAAUCACGAAGGUGAAAUUAUUCGUUAUAUGAAUCUUGGUCCUGAUCAGACUGCAAGUGUAAUUACUUUUACUGGCCAUUACUGGAUUGCAUUGUUUGUGCACGGCUUACCUGCACAUUUCCUCCCAAAUCGUUCUGAAGCUUAUUUAGUCGUAAGAACGCAUCGCUAUCGAGCAGAGCAAGUCUAUAUUACAAGAAGAGGUUUUUAUUUUUGUCAUCUCUGUACCACUCGGGAUUUCGUAGAAUCCUUCCGCGCAGAUAUCAACGAAAUGAAGAUGGGGAAGGUGAAGUCGAACAUGUCGGUGAAGAAGCCUCGGAAGACGGAAGCAUGGACCAAGAAAUCCUGGAAGAAGCCUGAGAAAAAAUUGUGGAGCAAAGACGAAAUAAUUUGCAUUUUGAAAAAUGAAGAAGGCGAUGUUUUUCCAAAACAGUUAUUUAAAAUAUUUGCUAAUGGACAAAUUGAUCUUUGUUUACAAGUGAUUUCGGAACUAUCCAUGGAAUUCUCUGAUUUCAAAUUGAGCGAAGUAUUUCUCACUUAUUUAAAAAAAGAGUUUGUGACCAUGAGCACCUUAUCAGCCUUUAAUAACGCAAAAAGAUGGAUUGAAUACAUUUCAAACAAUGCUUCAGGAAUAAGAAAUCAUUGUCUAUUACUGAAACAACUUGUACGUUGCACAAAUUUGUUGCAAAAUCAACAGCUAAUAUCAUUAUUAUGCGAAGCAUUACCAUUAACUUACCAAAAACUUUGUGACAGAAACCAGUACUUCAUGGCUUCUACUAUCGCAGAAAUACUUUUAUAUGUGAUUGUAAUUUCGGCUAGUUACUGUGAUCAAUGUGAUUUAAAUGCUUUAUGGAGUAUAUGGUGUAAACUACGUAGUACAAAGGAAUGUGUUGGAUUAGCUCAUUUUCAUUUAUGCACGGUUUUGGUUUCGAUUUCAUUGGAUUUGGAUUAUUCGCACCAUAUGCAGUUAUUUGUGGAAAGCUCGAUCCACGAUUUAGAAGAAGAUGAAGAUUUUGCUCUUAAUCAUAAGAAACAGUUUUUUAUCCUGCUGGAAGCUAAUCUGGGGCCAGUUUUGACUCGUUGUCAGUUGAAUCAAAGAGAGCAGCUGCUAAAUAUUCUAAUUGCUUACACUGUCGAAGACAAUAGUUUACUUUCACUGGUCCGAAAAGUAUUUUCUCAUUCAGAGUUGCUUAAUACUCAUUCUCAAAUACUGCAGCAAUUCAUUGGAUGUUUAUUGCUAAAUUUAUCAAGUAGUGUGAACGAAAGUUCUCAACAGAAUGAAAAUGUAAAAGAGUGGAUCGAAAAAAGCGGAGCAGCAUUGCUGAAGGAGCUUGAAAACCAUCAAAAUGAAAUUGAAUUCUGGAAAACAAUGAUAACAUCCAUUCCGGUUCCAUAUCAUAAUUUGAUAACAGGCAAAAAUUUUCAUCAGAUUAUACAAGUAAUCUAUCACAAUGAUUUUCCAUUUACUGCCCUGUCUACUUCCUGUCAAGUAGCUGUAUUUUGCUUGUCGAUUUCAUUGCUUUCUUGCAUACCGUCUGAAAUAUUUGAUCUUGUUAUGGAGAAAGUCUUAUCAGUUAUGAGAUAUCAACCAAAGCUAUUUCGUGAUUUGUUGAGUUCUUGCGAUGUCAAAAUUAUGAAGAAAUAUAUCAAAAUUUUUCUUUGCUAUGGUUACUCGAGUCCGUUUUCGGAAAACGCACAAAAUUUAGUAAAGGAAUUACUCUUGAGCAGUAGUGACCACAAUGUGCUUUUCACCAAGUGUGAUGCUGUUUUAAAGAAAACUGCUCGAAAACUUUCGGUAGAAGAAAGGCAUUAUUUCAUCAAGCCAGUCUGUGAUGCAGUGUCUGAAUUCUCUGAUAAAGUAACCGCAGAGCGAUAUAAUUCUUAUAGAAUUUACAUUGAAAAGGUGUUCGUAUUUCUAAAUGAAAUGGUUUCUCCAUUUAACUGCAGCGGUCCAACAAAAUGGCCUAUUUUGAAAACAGCAUUAUCGUUACUACAAGUUCUUAGGGAUAUUAGAUCAAUGGGUGUUAUCACAAAUGAAGAAGGUGUUCAAUAUGUUACAGAACAUAUUGAGACAGCUGAUGAAAUUUGUAAAAAUAUUUGGAAGGAUCCAGAAAAUCUUGUCAAAUUGGGAAAAGCAAAACCAGAUCAACUUUUGGAAUUAUCCAAAAUGUCUGUUGAUUGGAUGGUAAAAAAGGGCAAAGUUAAGCGUCUUCUAUCUUCGAAAUAUUCAAAGAAUUUUGAAUUUUAUGAUGAAGCAACGAUGAACAAUAUUAUAAGUAGUUCUUCGGAAGUUCAGGCUAGUUUGCAUCCUUUAUGUUCUUUGAAAACCCUACUGCAUUCAUUUCCCGAUGGUAUGCCUGCGAUUCAGAAGUUUCCAGUAUAUUAUGCUCUGGUAAAACAGACUGAUGAAAGCAAGAGAAAAUUAUUAUUGACUUCGUUAAAUGAUGUGCUUGAAGUAGUGACGAGUUAUACUGAAAAUAAUUAUCUGACAGUUAUUCGUUUCUUGCAACUUAUUCUUCCGAUUGUUACUGGACAUGAAUACGAAAAAAAUUUUAUUACAUUUUGUUUGACAGCUCUUGUGAUCAAUGUGACUAAAUUGACCGCUGAUUUUGUUGCUUUAAGCAGUGCUCUUUCUCUUCUAUUGGACUGCUUACGAUUUGGUGCUCAGUCUGUGAUCAAUGAUCAGUGUUCUCUUUAUGCAAAAUUGUUUGUAACAUUAACACGAGCCGUUCAAAAAUAUGCAAAGGAUACACUGUCAGCUGAUUCUGAAAUCACUCGUCAUUUAUCGUAUAAACUUGCUAAAAUCGCUCAUAUGAUGAUGAAAUUCGAACGUUCAUUCUCGCGUAUCGCGCCUUUUAUUUUAUCCGAGUGUUUGGAAGAUGCUAAAUACGUACCGUUAGCGUUGUUUUGGAUUUUUUCAAUGUGUGAUGACCACAGUAUAGCUCUGCUCACUACCAAUCUACCUCCGUUACAAAAAGCUCGACUUGCUCAUUUAAGUUUGCAUUUUUCUAAAAUCAAAAAAGCGGUUGUUUAA